UUCGCGUAGAGAAGAGACAUUGUACAGUCUGGAACCCGAUUUGUUUUAUUUAGUGAAUAUCUCCACGGAAUUCCACGGCCUUUCGCCACGCGCCGGCCACGGCUAAAAAAAUAAAAUGACGGAAAACAAAACAGAAUUUGAUUGGGGUAAUGAAAAAUUGCAACGUGCUCAGAAGACUGUUGAUGAAUCACCAUAUGAUUUGGAAGCAUGGAGCAUACUUAUAAGGGAAGCACAGAACAGACCAAUCACAGAAGUAAGACCAGUAUUCGACAAGCUCGUUUCAGUAUUUCCAUCGGCUGGACGUUAUUGGAAAAUUUACAUAGAACAAGAGAUGAAAAUGCGGAACUUUGAGAAGGUAGAAAAGCUUUUCCAAAGGUGCCUCAUGAAAAUAUUAAAUAUUGAAUUGUGGAAACUAUAUCUUUCUUAUGUCAAAGAAACGAAAGCGAGUCUAACCACGUAUAAGGAGAAGAUGGCACAAGCAUAUGAUUUUGCAUUGGAUAAAAUUGGCAUGGACAUACACUCUUACAGCAUUUGGAAUGAUUAUGUCAUGUUUUUGAAGAGCGUCGAAGCGGUUGGAUCAUAUGCGGAAAAUCAAAAAAUCAGUGCUGUACGAAAGGUUUAUCAACGAGGCGUUAUUAAUCCCAUGAUAAACAUGGAGCAGUUAUGGAAGGAUUACAUGUCGUUCGAGCAGAACAUUAAUCCAAUAAUCGCGGAGAAAAUGGCCAUCGAAAGAUCUAGAGAUUAUAUGAAUGCUAGACGCGUCGCUAAAGAAUUGGAAGCGGUUACUAGAGGUUUGAAUCGAAGUGCACCCAGCGUACCUCCAACUGGUCAUCCUGAAGAAGUUAAACAAGUUGAAUUAUGGAAGAAAUACAUUGCAUGGGAACGAAGUAAUCCUCUAAGAACAGAAGAUACAUCCUUGGUUGCUCGAAGAGUCAUGUUCGCGAUUGAACAGUGUCUUUUAUGUUUGGGUCACCAUCCCGCGGUAUGGCAUCAAGCAGCUCACUUCUUAGAGCUGAGUUCUAAAAUACUGACGGAGAAAGGUGACGUGAAUGCGGCCAAAAAUCUCAGCGAUGAGGCCGCUACCAUGUUUGAGAGAGCGACAAGUACGUUGUUGUCGAAAAAUAUGUUGCUGUAUUUUGCACACGCAGACUUCGAGGAGGGUAGAGUGAAAUACGAGAAAGUGCACCAAAUAUAUCAAAAAUUUCUCGAUAUACCUGACAUAGAUCCUACUUUGGCGUAUGUGCAAUAUAUGAAAUUUGCAAGAAGAGCCGAAGGUAUAAAAUCUGCAAGGACAGUAUUCAAACGAGCACGGGAAGACACAAGAUGUAAACAUCAUGUUUAUGUUGCUGCUGCGUUAAUGGAAUAUUAUUGCACUAAAGAUAAAAAUAUAGCAUUCCGUAUAUUUGAAUUAGGGUUAAAGAAAUUUGGAGAUAAUCCUGAUUACAUUCUUUGUUACAUAGAUUACUUGUCACAUUUAAAUGAGGAUAACAACACAAGAGUUCUAUUCGAGAGAGUAUUAUCUUCUGGCUCUAGUUUAGAACCAGAGAAAUCAGUAGAUAUAUGGAAUCGUUUCUUAGAGUUCGAAUCUAAUAUUGGCGAUCUAGCUAGUAUUGUCAAAGUCGAGAAGAGACGGAGUGCAGUACUGGAAAAGAUUAAGGAAUUCGAAGGAAAAGAAACAGCUCAAUUAGUAGACAGAUAUAAAUUUUUGGACUUAUAUCCGUGUACUCCUAUGGAAUUGAGAUCAAUUGGAUAUAUGGAUGUCUCCAGCGUUGCUAGAAAUUCCAUUGGCGUUGUACCCCGAGUACCUGAUCCAGAAGAAGCGAUUGCCGCUUUGCCCAGACCUGAUUUGUCGCAAAUGAUACCAUAUAAGCCAAAAGUAAAUCCUUUACCUGGUGAACAUCCGGUACCAGGUGGUACGUUCCCGUUACCACCAGCCGCAGCUCAAUUAUGUACCAUGUUGCCGCCACCUGGCUGCUUCAGAGGCCCGUUCGUUGCUGUUGAUUUAUUGAUGGAUGUUUUCAGUAGAAUUCAAUUACCCGAUCAUGCACCGUUGCCAGUGGCGGAUAAUGGAUGCGACACCAAAUUGUUCGAUCUUGCGAAAUCUGUACAUUGGAUCGUCGACGAAAGUAAUGACGGUAUGAGCAUCGGAUCAAAGCGUAGACGAACGCGUUUAGGUGGUGACGACAGUGAAGAAGAAGAUUUACCACCUCCACCUAUAAAUGAUAUUUAUCGCCAAAGACAACAGAAGCGAGUCAAAUAAAUGAAAGAACGAUGAAUGAUAAAUGAUAGACAUAUGUAUAAAUAGCCACAUAUGGCAAUUCAUAAUAUUGCGAGUAUCUUUAUGAUUUCGUUUCUUACCACUGCUUGUUGGUGAAAGAAACAAACCCAUCAUUAUCGUAAACGUGUACUACAUUUGUAAAGUUAUCAAAUUCCCCAUGUGACAUCGUGCACGAUAUUUUGAGUACUAUGUACUCAGAAACUGUAUGAGAUGUAUUCUAUCUCUGUGUCCUUUCAAUUUAUCGUCCUUAAUAUGUAUACACUUGUUUAUGACUAAAUAUAUUAUUUAAAAAAAAUACAUCAACGUAACGAUUUAUAUAUAAGAUAAAAAAAAGAAAGAUCAAUACUGCCCACUUAUAGACAGACAAAAUUCUAUGAUUUGUGUAUAAAAUCAAUUAAGACUAUCUCAGUUCUAUCAAAAUCGAUACUGUUGGAAAAUGAGAUUAUAAUUAUCAUUGUACAAGACGAUGGACGUAUUCUCUAUAAAUUUGUUGAAGUUAUUAUCAAGAGAUCACAUUUAAUAUUUCUACUUCGUGGAGAAACUUCUAUGCCAAUAUUUAUUUAAAAUGUAUGUAACUUGUUGUAAAGGACCAAUAAACGAUUAAUGUGAUACUGC